AUGGGCCCACCCUUGCUAACCCUGAUCUCCAUCCUCAUCCUCGCCAUUUCUCCCCUCCAUACCCAUUCCUCAUCUCCACCGUCGACGAUAGCCCCUGUCGGGCCAUCUCAACCGCCGGAGACCGACAGCAGGAAAUCCCAGCUGUCGAAAGUCGUCGCGCCCUCGGAUGACCACCACGAGAAGCAGCAGCCUCAGAACCACCGCCACCGUCACCGCCACCCUCCUCCCCCGCCCACUUCCCAUCUCCACAAGGCCAAAUCUCAGCGCCACCAUCCGGUCCGCCGGGCCCCACCGCCGCCUCCCAAGAUCAAUCUGGGGAAGAAGAUCGGCCUGCUGUUCCUGGGGAUCGCCGCGGCGCUGCAGGUUGCUAUUGUGGGGUUUCUGAGUUUCAAGAGGUGGCAGAUUUCGAAGAUCAAGGACAGAUUUGAGGCGCUUUCGAUUUGA